AUGAUUAACUCGGGAUCGCUUUACGGACGAAAACUAGAAUUUGCUCAGUCGCCUACAGCUAGUACAAAACACGGAAAUAUUAUUCUAUUACCUACUUUUAAAUGCGAAACAACCAAGUAUAUCUGUUUUUCAGGACUUGUGCUAAAUAUUCGCGAAGUAUUCUACGGUUCGCGCUCCCCGUCGUGGCGGGUGUCGUGGACAGCAGAGGGCGAUGAUGACCGCCAGCGGUGGUUCGCCUGCUGCUACAGCAGGUAUAUGGAACGGCUGGUAACAUCUGCAGCGUUCCCUGCUGAAAUAAUUUCUGUGGAAUAA